AACACAACAACUGCUAUCGUUCAUGAAGCUAUAAGUGAAGAAUACGAGUGGGUUCAGUAUAACAAACAGUUACGUCUCAUUCGUUCGGUCAAAGAUGACAUGUACCAAAUGCAAAGUAUUUUGAAUGCUCUUCGUUCUACAAAGCAAGCAUACCAUUGGUUUGAAAACCAACAGACAAAAGAACUUUUAGAAGAAUUUCCUCAUAUGUUUGCUACCCUCGGAAAACCGAGGGUAGAGAUUCCGUACGAAAAUCGCAAGAAUUUGGCUCCUGGUUUGAGAGGUUGGUAUGUACAUAGACUUCUUGUAAAUGCUGUUGCAAUGUGGGCUUCACCUC